AUGUCUUAUAGCUUUUUAUUUAAGUACAUCAUUAUAGGAGAUACCGCUGUUGGCAAAAGCUGCUUGCUUCUUCAAUUCACUGACAAGCGAUUCCGGACAGAUCACGAUCUAACUAUAGGUGUUGAGUUUGGAGCCAAAGCUAUUCUAGUAAACGAUCAAGCAGUCCAUCUCCAAAUAUGAGAUACAGCAGGCCAAGAAAAUUUCAGAAGCAUCACAAGAGCUUAUUAUAGAGGCGCAGUAGGAGCUUUAUUAGUAUUCGACAUGACAAGAAGGAGCAGCUUCACAAGUUUACAUAAAUGACUAGAAGAAACAAAAAACAAUGGAAACCCAGACAUGGUUAUAUUACUUGUUGCAAAUAAAUGUGAUUUAGAUAGUGAAAGAACAGUCACCAAAGAUGAAGCCUUAGAAUUUGCAGAAGCGAACAAGCUGAAAUACUUAGAAACCUCAGCCAAAACUGGCUUAAAUGUGGAAGAGGCUUUUAAUCUUGUAGGGAGAGAAAUUGUGAAUAAAAUCGAAAACGGCGAAAUUGACCCAUGCCAGCAUUUCGGUAUCAAAGUGGGUCAAGAAUUUAAAAAAAAUACAAAUUCUAAAGGCUGUUCAUGCUAA